UUUCUUUGAUUCGAUAAUAAUGCUCAGAUAAUUAAGUAGGCUUACUGACACUUGCGAUUUGAGUUCAUGUUGUAUGAUAUUUCAUACUUCAUAUUUUAUUUAAGCACUAGGUGCUUUUCUUAUAUUUGUGCUAGUUAUUUGAAUAGUCUUACAUUACAAUGUCUGUAUGUCUUCAUGAUGAGGAUUCUUCAGAGCUCGAGUGUUAAGGAUCCCGCAUGAGUAAGGUAGGAGCAGAGCGCGCUAAUGUUAAGCAAGGUAAAGAACGUGGGAUGAUUUCAGAUUCCCCUUGCAUCAGUGGUGAUUAUACAGAAAUGGAGAAGUAGAUAACGUGACUAAGGCUAUGAAGAGGAUUCUUGGUGAAAAUUUCCGUGACGAAGAGGAACCAGUAUCACAUAUUCUGCUGUACAAGAGUUUAUGGCUUGAGGCUGAAGCUCAAUUACGUUCCCUCAUUUAUAGAGCUCGCUUUGAAUUGGAAAAAUAUUCAUCUAAGCAUGGAGAUAAUGAUUCAGUUCAGGGAGAGCAAUCAAAAACAAAGGCGGAUUUUGAGUUAAGCUCAUAUCAGAAUUCUGUAAACAGUGUGAGCAAUUCUCAUUCUCCUAAGCAUAUAUCAGCCCUACAUGGUGUCAAUUUAACGGAACCAUCUGGCUUAAAGGUGUCUCCCAAUCACAGCGUGGAUAGCUUCAAUAUUGCCAGUCAGGAGUACUUGUCACGUUCCAUGGAUUCUCAUGCUCGUGACACGGCACUCAUAUUAGCAUUAGAAGGAACAGAAAGUCUAAAGGCUCAGAACCCAAAUGAAACUUGUGCAUCGGAGAGUUUAAGUUUGACGGACGAUAAGAAACCUGAGACGCGGGACAGCUCCGAUGCUGAUGUGAAGGAGUCUGAUUUGGUUUUGGAGGAUAAUCAAGAAAUCCAACUUAGCUCCUGUCAAAGGUUUGACAAUGGGCUUGUUACCGAUGAUUCUGAUGAUUUGACAUCAGACUGGGAAGUUGUUUAAGAGGAGCAUUAAAUGACUAGAUGAGUUCUUUGACCUAGAUAUUUUAGCAUUAUGAGUAGCGGACAUAUGCCUAUGACGGAAUUUGUGCUCAAGGUAGAUGUUUCCUUGGACAUAAAUAUGAUUUAUUUGAGUUUUUGAUUUGUUGUAUAUUUUAAUUAUUUUCUCUGAUU